GAGGGACUAUGGCGAAGGAUUCGAAUUCCAAAGGAUUUAAUUCGCUGGAGGAGCUACCGAGGCACUGGAGGUAGGAGGGUCUUCCCUUCCAGCAGACGUCUGGACGGCUCAGCUUCGGCUCAGCUCCCUAGAACUGCGGUGACAGUCGGUGCUGACGGUUGUUAUUGUCGCUUGUCAUUGCUCCGUGUUCUUUGGACUCGGGCAGCUGCAGACUGCGCCAGACCCUCAAGGAGGGUGGCUCAGUGGGAUGUGGGGUCAUUCCUUCCGACCUGCGGGGUUGGUCUGCGCUGCCUCCCUAUCCCUCCCUCCUUGUGACACCGGAAAAGGGGCGAGCUCUUACCGAACUAGAGAGGUAAUUCAGCAAAGUAUGGUUCAUAAACAAGAAGGGGCAGAAGAGGAAUAGUUGUCCAGGUAUCCAGGCAAAACUGGACUUAAAAGAAGAUGCCUAGUGGGAGUUUAAGAACCUCACCAAGGUACCCCCAACUGUUAAAUUCAAAAAAUUCAUUUGCCUCCUGGGGAAGAACUGUAACGAGAGGAUGCAUUUUAUUCACCAUUGAGAUUCUGGGACAAGUAACAAAUGUUUAAAUGCACGGUAAUGUUCUCUUAAUAUGAAAUUUUGUUCAAGAAUAUAGUAGUUUGGCUUGGUUUGUUUGAUGGUGAGAGAGAUGAGUUCCGUGGCAAAAACUUGCUCUUGACUCAUGAAUUUGUUUCUAUCAGUUUGCUUUCUUACUUCCCCAAAACUUCGAGAGGAAGUUCUCUGUUGAGCAGAGGCAUUAAAAUUCUAACCACCAAAGCUAAUUCGGAUCAUAAACAACCAAAUGAAUGGGAGCAACUGUGGCCUUGGCAAGUCCAGAAACAUAGGUUACAUAUGAGGAUAAUCUGCUAAAACAUCAAGCUAUGCAGAAAAACUCCAAGAGGAACAAUAAUUCAAGACUUUCUGGCAUAGAAUCGAAUUCUGUGGAUGCUGAGAAGGAAAAAAAAGAGAGUCAAAAUAACUUUGUUGAACUGCUGCCUCCAGAAGUUACUUUUAAAAUUUUCAGUCAGCUAGACAUUCGGAGUUUGUGCAGGGCUUCAGUAACCUGCAGGAGCUGGAAUAACACAGUAAGAAACAGUGACUCCUUGUGGAAACCUCAUUGCUUGACUCUAAGAGCUGUGUGCCAAAGAGAAAUAGACGAUGAUCUAGAAAGUGGAUAUUCCUGGAGAGUAAUACUAUUGAGGAAUUACCAGAAGAGUAAAGUGAAACACGAAUGGCUAAGUGGCAGAUACAGCAACAUAUGUUCUCCUCUGAGCCUACCAGAAAAAAUCAUGUACCCAAUGGAUGUAGAUACAUGGGGGGAGAUUCUAGAAGCAGAACUGGAAAGAUAAGCCAGAAAACUACAAAGAUCUUGUAACUCUGAGACUUUCAAACAAAAAUGACUCUUAGGUUCAUUUUUU